AUGGUCAAGGCCUGGAGAUCAUUGGAACCGCCUUACCAAGUCCUUUACGUGGGCAGCCUAGAUAAUCAACCGCUGAAUGAAAUCUUUCUCUCCGGUCACCAGGUCUUGGCUGGCCCAUUCUACGGUGCAGACGCCGUCCAGGAAUUCCAGAAUGGCUGCGAUAUCGAGAUCGAUGGAGAGGUGCCUGUGGUCUUUACGCAUGACGACCUUGUGCCCCAAAAUAUUCUUUUAUCCCCAGGACCGAGUCCAGUAGUGGCUGCUAUCAUUGAUUGGGGCCAGUCAGGAUGGUAUCCUGCUUACUGGGAGUAUUGCAAGGCGCGUCGUGUCGGGCUGAAUCCAGAAUAUUUUAAUGAUGACUUGGCUGAUGAAUGGAGAACAAAAUACCUGCCAACUAUUUUGAACCCGGUCGAUGAUGAGACAGUGUAUCACCCUUGGUUAUGGUUUGUUCUGUUCAAGGGUAUCUAG